UAGAUAUCAAAAGAGCAACGAAAUAUCUCUAGGAGAAUACUUGGACUAUUAAAAUAGACAUGCAUUUACGGAUAUUGUCACUGAAGAACAGUCGGUAUUAAAAUAACUACUAAAGUAUAUCAAAUCUGUACUAACCCCCCUAUCCAUGGUUUGAAGCCACCCUUCCACCUUCCACAUGUAUUCCUACUUAUUACUGUUCCAAAGGGAAAGAAGUCUGGCGCUCGACACAUGCGUGUAAUCUCCGUUUAUAUUUAAAACUUUAGUCUGCAUUUGCUGACGACAAAUUGGAUGUACUAUAGCGUUUUGAUACAACUUGGUCGGAUUCAUUGUUUUUAAAAGGGAAUUAGGAUUUGUUUUUCACAUGAAAGUGUGUGGCCCCGCACUGUGUUCUGGUGCCUCCCAUGUCCUGGCCUGCUAAGCCUCGCGUCUCCUCACUGGGCCUGGGCAAUAGCUGAACCAGGGCUGCUGCUGGUACUACUGCUGCUGGUACUGGUACCGUUACUUGUACCGGUGGUGGAGGGUGUCCCAACCCGGGGGCCUGGAGGAGCCCUGUCGACCUCCCAGCCACACGAAGAUGAACAAGCUGACCGGCUUCCACAAUAACAAAGCUAUGCAGGACCGCCGCUGUGUCUGUGUCUUUCUUCCCAGCGACGACACGCUUAACGUCAUCGUCAAUGUGAAGACUUUGUGCCAGGAGCUGCUCAUCCAGGUGUGUGACCUGCUCCGACUGAAGGACUGUCACCUGUUUGGACUCAGUGUCAUUCAGAACAAUGAGCAUAUCUACAUGGAGCUGGGCCAGAAGCUGUCCAAGUACUGUCCCAAGGAGUGGAAGAGAGAGGCCAGCAAGGGCAUCGACCAGUUUGGGCCUCCCAUGAUUAUCCACUUCAGGGCUCAGUAUUACGUUGAGAAUGGGAGAUUAAUAAGUGACCGCUCGGCCAGGUACUACUACUACUGGCACCUGAGGAAACAGGUGUUGCUGUCUCAGUGUAUCCAGAGAGAGGAGGCUUACUUUCUGCUGGCAGCCUUCGCCCUCCAAGCCGAUAUGGGCAACUUCAAACGCAACAAGCACUUUGGGAAGUACUUUGAACCUGAGGCCUACUUCCCCCCAUGGGUGAUAGCCAAGCGAGGCCGGGACUACAUCCUGAGACACAUCCCCAACAUGCACAAAGACCAGUUUGCCCUCACCGCCUCCGAGGCUUAUCUCAAAUACAUCAAGGAGUGUUCCCUUCUGGAUGAUGUCACAGUCCACUACUACAGACUCUAUAAGGACAAAAAGGAAGUGGAGGCUUCUCUUACCUUAGGACUGACCCUGCGUGGAAUCCAAAUAUUCCAGAACAUGGGGACAGCGAGACAGCUCCUGUAUGAUUUUCCCUGGAGCAACGUGGGCAAACUGGUAUUUGUGGGGAAGAAGUUUGAGAUCCUGCCUGAUGGUCUUCCGUCGGCCCGUAAGCUGAUCUACUACACCGGUUGUCCCCUGCGUUCCCGCCACCUCCUGCAGCUGCUCAGUAACAGCCAUCGCCUCUACAUGAACCUGCAGCCUGUCCUCAAACAGGUCCGCAGGCUGGAGGAAAACGAAGAGAAGAAGCAGUACCGUGAGUCGUACAUCAGCGAUGCGUUGGAGCUGGAUAUGGACGGGCUGGACAAGCGUUCCCGGGCCAGCGGUAGCAGUGCCGGCAGCACUGUGUCUCACCUCAAACACCUGUCUCGCCACUCUACCGCCAGCCACGGUAGCUCACACACCUCGGGCAUCGAGACAGACAGUUUCCGGGCCCCCGGAGGGGCCCCACACCGAGCCCUGAGGACGUGCAGCUCCUCAACGACUAGCCAUGGGAGCUCACACACCUCGGGGGUGGAGAGUGGGGGCAAGGAGCGCAUGUUGGACGAUGAUGAGAUUGAGAUGUUAGUGGACGACCCUAAAGACUAUGAGGAGCUCCAUGAGCUGGCCCUAGAGUUGAACCAGGACCUGUGCAUCCACAUCACUGAGGACAUGCUGACCAUGACCCCUGACCAGACAAAUGGAUAUUCAGGGCUCAUAGUGAAGGACGUCAGCUCAUCCACCUCCAGUUCCUCUGAGACCGUGGUCAAGAUGAGAGGUCAGAGCAUUGUGUCUCUCCCUCAGACCUCCAUGUGCAGGAAGCCUCAGACGUCAACUGACCGCCACAGCCAAUCCCUAGAUGACGUACGUCUCUACCAGAAGGGAUGUCUCCAUUGGGCGGAGCUAUGCCAGGACACCGCCCACAGCUACACCUUCGGCUGCGCCCAGGAGCUGAGCGACAGCAGCGGUUACCAGGGCAACCUGGCCGAGCAGUGCGCUGGUAUUCGCGGUGACCAGCUUGACUGUUUCCCCAUCAAGAGGACCAGCAAGUACUUUUCCCUGGACCUGACCAGCGAAGAGGUCCCAGAGUUUGUGGUGUGAUGGCCGAACAGGGGGAGACGGGGAUGAAGAGGAAUGGAUGAGGCAGAAAGGGUGACCUCAAGACCCCUGCUCCCCUGCCUCCACAUCUCAGAUUUGGAGGUGCCUCAGGAAACUGAAUGGGACAAAAGAAGAGGGUUGGAGGUUUGGAGAGGUGAUACUUGGUUGUCUAUCUGUUGCCCUAACCUAUCAGUCAUAACCUGUGUCAGCCAUAACCUGUCAGCCAUAACCUGUCAGCCAUAACCUGUCAGCCAUAACCUGUCAGCCAUAAACUGUCAGCACCAGACUUGGGAAGAGUCAGAUGGACUGUAAAAGCCCUACAUCCACCAGACUGACAUCACCAGUCAACAUAACCAUGUAACCACCUGAGACGACAUACGUAACACACUACAGAGACAAAUAACUGACAGUGAAAGCCCUUUGAGCAAUUUUUUUUGCCAAAACGGCAAUAAAUAAAAAAGGAUCAACCUUUGCUGGGUUUCAAGAAAACCUAUCUGCGCCUUAAUUGGACCGAUGCUGGUUGGGAAUGGAGUGUAAAAGGAAAAGUAAGGGAAUGUCGAAAUAUCUCACCAUCACUUUUUUAUUCAAACAAACUCUGACUGUCUGCGUUUCCAAAGCAUGUACUCUCUCUCUCCAGAUGUUUUCUGGAUCUGAUUAUUGUGCUUGCGAAGAGAAAUAAUACUUCAGUUCUGAUGUUAACACACUUGCGUGUGCCUACUUCGACUUUACUAAUGAAGUGCAAACAAACACACACACAGCCGACAUAUCAAAAUAUUCUGCCAUGGAGAGUAGAUCCCACUCUUCUUUCCCUACAGAAAGAAGGGAACUCUCAUUGAUAGUCAAGCUAGAUGUGCUAUGAACCAAAGACAAGUUACACUAAACACGAACAGAAAAGCCACUUGGCUCCAAGUCCUCAUGUCCACAUUAUUACUAUUUUAGUGUUUAACCAACCAACCAACCAAUGAAAUGAUGCAGCCUCCUGAAUCCAUGACAGGAUAUGACAUCACCAUGAGCGGGUUCUGUAUCGUUUCAGAAUCUAGAGGUUGAUCCAGAGGAGGGGAUUUGGAUUGGUCUCAGAAUAUUUCAGAACAAGGAACGCUAAUGAUGUCCUUGUUCUCGUGUGUCUCCCUUCCAUCCCUCUGUCUCUAGUAUGAAGUAUGUAUGAUGUGACAUAAUCUGGGAGCCCAGAACCAAAUCCAGCGUGCGCUAGUCUGUCACAAGGGAUUAGGAGUGACGCGCCGCCGCUCCUCUCUUUUACAAGGAAGUGCAAUGUGUCAACAGUUCCCCUGUAGAGUUGUGUCCUAGUGUAGCGACUAGACUGAUAUUAUGAACAUACCCAAUGUGUCUUCAUCACCUAUGCAGGCCCUGAACCACAACCAUGCCUUGACAAUCAAAUCACAGCUUCUCGCUAAGCAACGCAACACGCCCACAUGAGUCACAGAGAUCAGUUUUAAUGUCACUUUUAAGCUCUUCAUCUGUAACUUUAUUCUUGGUCAGAAGUACAUUGGUAUUUAAAGGCCCAGUGCAGUCAAAAAAUUAGAUGUUUCUGUGUUUUUCUAUACAUUGCCACACUAUGAUGAUGGAACAAUACUGUGAAAAUUAUGAUAAUGCCCUUUUAGUGUAAGCUGUUUGAAAAGAAUGCCUGAUAUUUCAGCCUGUUUUGGUGGGAUGGAGUUUUAGCCUGCCUGGUGACAUCACCAGGCGGUAAAUUAGUUAAUAGACCAAUAAGAAAGAGAUCCAAACCUCUGCCAAUAACAGUUAGUUUUCCCCUCCCCGCUCAGAACACUCCCACAGUCCUAGCAAAGUUAUUGUUCUUCGCUAAGAAGCUAUUUUUGUUUCUUUUUCACCAUUUGAACUGAAAACAGUAAGCUACUUAACUGUUACCCAGAAAUGAUUUGAUAUUGAGAUAAAAAAAAAUGGCUGCAUUGGACCUUUAAUCAUUGACUUGAGAGUUUAAACAUCGUUAUUCAAACAGUUUUAGCAGAUUAACCAAUAAUCAUUGAAGGGGAUUACCCUAAUGUCAUCUACCAUCCCUAGCCUAGCUUUAUGUUAAACGUGUCAGAGUUAUUUAAAUCGGUGGUAGUUAGGUUCCUGUCAUGUGAAAUGUAGCCCAGAUGACUUCAUGGGCUGGUUCAAGACUUCCCCGACUACAUCAUUGGCUGUGCCAGGUCAGAUGCUUGGAGCAGGAUGAGUUUCUACAUGCCCUCACCUGUCUGUCUGUGUACAGAGCUGAGGAAUGCGCUUAGAUGUAAUCUACACAUACACACAAACACACACACACACAAAAUGGAACUGGGUUGGCUUUAGGCCAGCUAUGAAACUGACAUUUUGACUUAGUUCUUUCUAUAUGUUGGUAGUUUUUUUCUUUUUUACUCGGCUGUCUUUGUUAGUCCUUUAAAACUGUCUUUUGUUUGUUUUGUCUCGAUAAUUAUUUUAAAUUGGAACUUGUUACUUUUGCUUGUUUUCAUUUCAUAAUUUUAGCUGAUUGGAAGUAGAAAGUGUCAUAUUUUUUUGUAUGGAGUGUUUUUAGAACAGUGAGAUUUGUUGUAUAUGUUGAAAAGGUAUUCUUUGUGUGCAGUUGGUGUGUGUCAGUAUUAUACGCAAAGUACACUCACAGGAGAGUUUAUUAGGUACACCCAUCUAACACCGGGUCAGACCCCCCUUUGCCUCCAGAACAGCCCAAAUACUUUGGGUGUAGGAAACAUUCCACAGAGAUGUUGGGCCUCGCAAUGGCAUCACGCCGUUGCUGUAGAUUGGAUGGUGGUGCAUUUUAUGCUGCAAACAGCCUGUUCCAACUCAUCCGUGACAAGGAUCGACGGGGUGUGCAUUCCGAGAUGCCGGUCUGCACACCACUGCUGUGCCAUUAUUUAUCUGUUUGUGGCCCGCCUGUUAGUUUGCACGAUUCUUGCCAUUCUCCUUUGACCUCCGUCAUCAACAAGCUGUUUUCGCCCACGGGACUUCCGCUGACUGGCUGUAAACCUUAGACGCUGUGAUGUACCUAAUAAACUGUCCGGGUAGUGUAAUGUGACAGUGUUUCAACCCUGUGACACCAAAUUCACUGGGCCCCUUUUUACCCAGGAAUAGUCGUAAUUUCAAUUUACAGUACCUGAAGAACGUUGAUACCUAAUAAUUUUUUCCUUUGCUCAGUUAAUUGGCCAAGAGCCAAGGUGUGAAACCCAACACUAUACAAAUAUAAAGUUAGAUUUCUUAUACAUUACUUCCAGUUAAGGUGUGGAAACAGACAAGACUGCCAUCUCUUGCCUCUUUUAUUCGCUAUCGUCAUAGAGAUUUCUCCGAACCGUACCUACGCAAUGUAAAUUGGAACUAGUGUUUGUCUUCCAAAUUUGUCUUGCAUUCAGAAUUUUUGCAUUUCUACCCCAGUCAGUAAACCUUAUUGAGAAGACCGUUUCAGUGACCUCCUCAUUUUAUGUGUAGUAAUAGUACAUUAGGCAUGUACAGUUGUAUUCCAAACCUCAUUCACAUGGUCUAAUAUCUCUAGAGUAACGAACAAAACAAAUUACUACUUCAUUAUGUAUUUGGAAUUCAAAACUACUGUGUGCCUCAGUUAAGCAAUAAUUUGUUAGUGUGGAUCAACAUUCUAGCUGAGCUUUUCCGUUGCUGCUCCAGAGAGCUUUAUUCUAGAACAUUCUAGAGCCCUCUAAAAGAACCUUCUAGAACCUUUAGAAUGUUUCAGAAGCAUCUCUGCUCUGGUACAAUGGAGAGACCUGACAUUUUCACUUCUCUUCACAGCUGGUCUCAUCAGCUGGACACGUUGGCCUAGAAUACUGAGCAAAGCAUCUUGGCCUAGAAACACAGAUCAGGCCAAGGCAGCAAGAAACAAUUGUUGGAAAGAAAUGUGUAAUAAUUAAUACACUUAUGAAUUUGAUAUCGUCGUGUGAUUUCAAAGCAAAAAUUAAUGCUGUAACAGUUUAUUUCCAACAAGAUGUUACUUGUUAUUUCUACUCAUUAAUAAUGGGUAUCUGAGAAACAGAUCGAUAUGUUGAAAUGAAUCUUUUUCUGGUAGAUUAUUGUUGAUAUAUUAACCCAGUGUGUGUCCAGGUACAUAGCCAUAAAAACAGAACCACAUCCUGAAAACUUUUGCAUUCGGAUAAACUCUCCACUUUGGUGACUUAGGCUACAGUGCAUAUCAUAAGUAUUCAGCCCCCAUGGAUUUCUUCACAAUUUAUUGUUGUCAAUGAUCUACACAAAAUACUCAUGUACAUUUCAAUUAACGGAAAAUGGGACACACAUAUACGCUGAGUGUACAAAACAGAGUGCCUUCCUAAUAUUGAGUUUCACCCAAUUUUUUCCCCUUCAGAACAGCCUCAAUUUGUUAUGCAUGGACUCUACAAGGUGUCAAAAGCGUUCCAAAAGGAUGUUGGCCCAUGUUGACUCCAAUGCUUCCCAUAGUGCUGUCAAGUUGGCUGGAUGUCCUUUGGGUGGUGGACCAUUCUUGAUACACGUGGGAAACUGUUGUGUGAAACUCAGCAGCGUUGCAGUUCAUGAUGACACACUCAAACCAGUGCGCCUGGCACCUACUGCCAUACCCCCUUCAAAGGUUCUUUUGUCUUUCCCAUUCACCCUCUGAAUUGCACACGUUCACAAUCCAUGACUCAAUUGUCUCCAAUUAUUCUUUAACUUGUCUCCUCCCCUUCAUCUACACUGAUUGAGGUGCAUUUACCAGGCAACAUCAAUAAGGGAUCAUAGCUUUCAACUGGUCAGUCUAUGUCAUGAUUAGAUAAAUAUGUAACCCCCCUGACUCAAUAUAUGUUAGAAACACCUAUGGCAGCGAUUGCAGCUGUGAGACUUUCUGGGUAAAUCUCUUAGACCUUUGCACACCUGGAUUGUGCAAUAUUUUCCCAGUAUUCUUUCAUACUUCUUCAAGCUCUGUCAAGUUGGUUGUUGAUCAUUGCUAGACAGCCAUUUUCAAGUCUUGCCAUUAGCUUUUCAAGCAGGUUUAAGUCAAAACUGUAACUAGGCCACUCAGGAACAACUCCUUGGUAAGUAACUGCAGUGUAGAUUUGGCCUUGUGUUUUAGGUUACUGUCCUGCUGAAAGAUGAAUUUGUCUCCCAGUGUCUGGUGGAAAGAAGACUGAACCAGGUUCUCCUCUAGGAUUUUGCCUGUGGUUAGCUCCAUUCUGUUUAUUUUUAUCCUGGAAAAACUCCCUAAUCCUUGCCGAUGACAAGUAUACCCAUAACAUGAUGCAGCCACCACCAUGCUUGAAAAUAUGGAGCAUAGUACUCGGCCAUGUGUUGCGUUGAAUUUCCCCCAAACAUAAAACUUAUUCAGGACAAAAAGUUCAUUCCUUUGUCACAUUUUUUGCAGUAUGAAUUGUUUAGAGCAUUUUCACUCUGUCAUUUAGGGUAGUAUUGUGGAGUAACUACAAUGUUGUUGGUCUAGCUUCAGUUUUCUCCCAUCACAGCCUUUAAACGUUGUUACUUUUUUUAAAUGGCCUCAUGGUGAAAUCCCUGAGCAGUUUCCUUCCUCUGCUGGCAACUCCGUUAGGAAGGACACCUGUGUCUUGGGUGUAUUGACACCCCAUCGAAAGCUUAAUUAAUAACUUUACCAUGCUCAAAGGGAUAUUCUGUGUCUGCUUUUACCCAUCUACCAAUCUGUGUCAUUCUUUGUGAGUCAUUGGAAAAGCCCCAUUGUCUUUGUGUUUGAAUCUGUGCUUGAAAUACACUACUCGACCGAGAGACCUUGUGCGUGUGGGGUAGUGAUAAAAAUGUACCAACAAAUCAGAAUUAUAUCCAGUUCAAUCCCACUUUGUUAACUCAACGAAAUGUGAAAAAAUCCAGGGGGGGGGGUGAAUGCUUAUGAUAUGCACUGUAUAUACACGGCCAUACUGACACUGAGGAAGUGUCUGUAUAUCUGCACUAAGUAUCCAUAGUCCUUUCUGUGAAAGGAUCUCCCUUCUGGAAAAACAUUUUUUGGGGUCAAACCCUGUAGUAGUGAAAAUGUUUUGUUAAAUAUGAAGUCUGGUGCGUGCCACCUUGGUAAUAAUACCCAUAACAAUAUUCAAUAAAAAGGUACAUUUAUUUGCCAAAAUCGA